GAGUGGAGUAUCUGGUGAAAUGGAGAGGCUGGUCCCCCAAAUAUAACACGUGGGAACCGGAGGAGAACAUCCUGGAUCCGCGACUGCUGAUCGCCUUCCAGAACAGGGAACGGCAGGAGCAGCUGAUGGGGUACCGGAAGAGAGGCCCCAAGCCCAAGCCGCUGGUGGUGCAGGUACCCACCUUUGCCCGGCGAUCCAAUGUUCUGACCGGCCUGCAGGACUCCUCCGCUGACAACCGGGCGAAGCUGGAGCUAGGCGCGCAGGGCAAGGGUCAGGCGCACCAAUACGAGCUGAACAGCAAGAAACACCACCAGUACCAGCCGCACAGCAAGGAGCGGGCCGGCAAGCCGCCGCCGCCGGGCAAGAGCGGCAAGUACUACUACCAGCUCAACAGCAAGAAGCACCACCCCUACCAGCCGGACCCCAAGAUGUACGACCUGCAGUACCAGGGCGGCCACAAGGAGGCAGCCAGCCCCACCUGCCCGGACCUGGGCGCCAAGGGCCACCCGCCCGACAAGUGGGCCCACGGCGCGGGGGCCAAGAGCUACCUGGGAGCCGUGAAGCCCCUGGCCGGGGCGGCCGGGGUUCCUGGCAAGGGCGGCGAGAAGGGCCCCCCCAAUGGCAUGGCGCCGGCCCCCAAGGAGGCGGUGACGGGCAACGGGAUUGGUGGCAAGAUGAAGAUCGUGAGGAACAAGAACAAGAACGGACGCAUCGUCAUCGUGAUGAGCAAGUACAUGGAGAACGGCAUGCAGGCGGCCAAGAUCAAGUCCGGGGAGGCGGCGGAGGGUGAGGCGCGCUCCCCCGGCCACAGGAAGCGCGCGGCCGACGAGCGUCACAGCCCGGCCGACCGGACUUUGAAAAAGGCCGCGGGAACCGAGGAGAAGCAGGCGGAGGCACCCUCCAAGAGGCGGGAGGAGGAGGCGCUGGGCGCCGGCGACCCGCAACCCCAGGACGCCGGGCCCCGCAAGCUCUCGCCUGCCAAGGAGGCCUUGGGCGAGCAGCCCCUGCAACUCACCACCAAACCCGACCUGCUGGCCUGGGACCCGGCCCGGAGCGGGCACCCGGUCCCGCACCACCACCACCACCACCACCACCACCACCACCACCAUGCCGUGGGCCUCAAUCUCUCCCACGCGCGCAAGCGCUGCCUCUCGGAGACCCACGGCGAGCGCGAGCCCUGCAAGAAGCGUCUGACGGCGCGCAGCAUCAGCACCCCCACCUGCCUGGGGGGCAGCCCGGCCACCGAGUGCCCGGCCGACGUGCCGGCCGCCGCCACCGCCGCCGCCGCCCUCCCACAGCCUGAGGUCAUCCUCCUGGACUCGGACCUCGACGAGCCCAUAGACUUGCGCUGCGUGAAAACGCGCGGCGAGGCUGGGGAUGCGCCCGGCUCCCGCCCGGUGAAGCCUGAGACGCUCGCCGUGGCGGUGGCCGCGGUGCCGCCUGCAGCCGCGGCCCAGAAGCCUCCAGCCGAGGCCCAGGACGAGCCCGAGGAGCCGCUGGCUGAGUUCAAGCCCUUCUUUGGGAAUAUAAUUAUCACCGACGUCACCGCGAACUGCCUCACCGUCACCUUCAAGGAAUACGUGACGGUGUAGCCCGAGGGCGACGGAAG